CAAUUAUCAACCCUUGUGAACAAUAGAAUAACAAGGAACAACAGAAAACUAUGAUGAAGAUAUUAACAAAGAAUAAAAGAAAAGUGAAUGUCAGCUCGGCUGAAUUGGAGGCGGCGACAGACAAUCGUCAAACAGAAGUUGAAGUAUUCAAAUCGAUAUCGGAGGAUAGCAACAUUGAAAAGAAAGAAGCUCUUCCAAGGGACAGUGAAAGUAAAGAAGACUUACACACGACAUCGACGUCAUCAUUGUCAACCAAUACAGCAUCAACCGAAAAUAUUGUUGAUAGCAAAGGCGGUGAUUAUUCAUCGACAGAUACCAAAAUGGUGCAGGAAGAAAUCAAUAAUGAUGGCGCCGACGAACAAAUGUUAGGUGCCGAAGAUAAUGAAAAGUUGGCCGAAAAACGUGAAGAAGUUAAAUUCAUCAAGGGUGGUGACCAUCAAAAUGGCGAUGCCAAAAUUGAUAUUGGCAAUGUUAAUGGAAAGGACAACGACCAGGCUUUCACUGGCAUGACCAAGGAGGAAUUAAUGAAAUAUGCCAAUGACCCGUUCUGGAUACGUUUACGUUGGAUUUUCUUCAUUGCUUUCUGGUUGGUAUGGUUGGGUAUGUUGGUGGGUGCCAUUCUGAUUAUUGUCGAAACACCCAAAUGUGCUGCUCCCGAACCAUUGCCCUGGUAUAAGAGUGGAAUUUUGGCUAAGUUCUCCAAUUUCGAGUCAAACAAUGAAAAUGUUGAAUUAGUUAAACAACUCAAAGCAAGCGGUGUUAUUUACGAAAUGCCCGCCGAACUUACCUAUAAUGUGCGUGAUCCCGAUGUCGAAGAGAAGAUUCGUAACAUUGUCAAUCACUAUAAGGAUACCGAAGCCAACGUAAUUUUCGAUAUUACACCAAAUUUUGUGCCAAAGACAUCACGUCUAUUGAAGGAUGCCAUGGAUGAUGAAACGAAACGUUCUGCUUUUGUUUGGAUUGAAAAACCCGAGGUACCCAACAAUUGGUUGUCAUUGGUAAAUGGUUCUGCCUGGGCUGAGGUAAUGCCAGGCAAUUAUGUGCUGUCGCAAUUCGGUGAUGGUUUGUAUGAUCUGCACAUGAACGAUACGAUUGUCAAGAAGGAAUUGAGUCAUGUUUUGCAACAUCUGGUGCAAUUGGGUGUCAAGGGUAUACGCUUGAAGAAUACCAAAUUCUUCAUCUUGUCCAAGCAAAUCAAGGAUGAAGUGCCAGCUGAAAAUCCCAAAUAUGAUUUGACCCAAUACGGUUUCUGGACUCACACGCAAACAACAUUCCAAGAGGGUUUGGGUGAUGUGCUCUAUGAAUAUUUGACUGUUGUUAAAAACACCACCGAAGAUGGUUUCUUGUCUGUUGCCGAUGAUGUCAUACGUCCAGAAGUUUAUCGUACCGCUUCGGGUGAAAUGGGCAUUGAUAUACCAUUGUAUGGCAAGUUUGUCAAGACUUUGAGUUCACCCAAGGACAAGGAUUUGCGUAGUGAAUUGACUAAUGUUAUGCGUGAAGCUGGUAACUACACUUGGUUACAAUGGAAUGUGGAAGAUGCUGAGGUAAAUUCUGAAGUGCCACCAUCAUCGGUCAUCUUAUUCCUGUCUCUGUUGCCCGGUACACCUGUCGUGCCCGUUGACAAGGGAGCCUAUGGCAGUCUAAGUGAUGUCAUUUCCAAACAAAUUGAGACAUCUCGUCUGUCGCCAUCCUAUAUGCAUGGUGAUUUCAAUUUGUUGCCCAUUGAUCCAUUGGUUGGAUAUACAAGAAUAAAGUCGGGCAAUCCUGGUUUCUUGGUGCUGUUCAAUCCCACUGAUGCCACCCAAGCGGCCAAUGUGACCGACAACAGCAGUUUGCCGGAAAAAAUGACUGUGGUAUCCAUUAGUGAUAACUACAAUGUUACCAAUGUUGUGGCCAAGAAUAAAAUUGCCACAGCUGAUUUGGAGGUGUCUCCAUACUCCACCAUCAUUUUAACCUAUGUUCCCGUCAAAACGGAAUAAACAGCUGCAAAGCUCAACAAUGCCCCAACACAAAAAUAAAACUUCUUGGGGCCCAUAAAAAAUGAAACUGCUUAUCAGCAAAAGAAUUAUUUUAAUAAUUAUGAUGUAAAAAUCGAAUCAUUUGCUUGAUUGAUUUUUACACAAAAAGCUUGUUCAAUGUUGCAUUUUAUGAAAAUAACCAAUUUAAACAAAAAGUGAACCACUUAA